AUGGUAGAAUUGGAUAAAGAGUUUCCCAAGGCUUGGCCAUUUGGUGUCAUUAAAACGGCGCAAUGGGCUUCUUGUUUACUACUGCUGAUAACACUAUGGCUUGUGCCAUCCCACUUUUCCGGUAUUGGAUUUGUUUUUUUCUGUGCGUGGACUUUAUUACUUUUUGGAUUUUUUUCCUGGCUAGGGCACAUUUUUGGUCUUCAGUCAAGGCUUUUCAGCAUUGGACAGUCUGCAGCUUGUUUUAUACCCUUUGCUUUACUUAUUUUCUGCUUAGCUGCUGCUGGUUCUAGUGCAUUUCUUGCUAUUUUACUUUACCGGUCAGCACCGAAUGGACAAAUUCUGGGAUUACGUUCAGUAGUGAUUCAAGGUGAGAAGACAGCUUUAUUUGGUCCUUCAAAUACUGCCGGUGGUGCUUAUCCGACAGCUGGUGGUUAUCCAAAUGGCACGAAUCCGACACUUCCUUAUAUGAGUGUUUGA